AUGUUCCAAUUAACUAGAUCUACUCUUAGACGUUCAGCUUUAACCCAAUCUCGCCAAUUCACAGCUUCAGCUGCUCGUUUUGUCUCAGUUGGUGACUCAAUUCCUACCAAGACUUUGUUCGAAGGUUCUCCCGGCAAUGGAGUUGACCUUUCAGAAGAAACUGCCCAUGGUAAGUCAAUUAUUAUUGGAGUUCCAGGGGCAUUUUCUCCAGCUUGCUCUGCUUCCCACAUUCCUGGCUUCUUGAAAAACUUUUCAAAGUUCAAUGAUAAGGGAUAUUCUAAAGUUUUUGUAGUUUCUGUCAACGAUCCAUUUGUCCAAUCUGCUUGGGGAAAGCUGUUGGCUAAAGAUGGAGCUUAUGGAGAUAAGUUGAGAUUUUUAGCGGAUACUAAUGGUGAAUUCUCCCAAGAAUUAGACUUAACUUUCGAUGCUACUAAAAUCUUUGGCAAUGCUAGAUCAAAGAGAUAUGUUUUAUUCGUUGAUAACGGUAAAGUUACCAAGACAUUUAUUGAACCUGAUAACACUGGAGUCGAUGUCUCAAGUGCGGAGAAGGUCUUAGGUGAGGCUUGA